AGUAUGGAGAGAUAGUAGAUUCAGUGAUAAUGAAAGAUCGAAACACAAACAAGCCAAGAGGGUUUGGAUUCAUCACCUACAAAGACGCUGCAGUUGUUGACCAAGUCAUCGAGGACACACAUGUUUUUAAUGGAAAAACGUUUCAUCCUUGGAGACUGGCUGCAGGGAGGCUUAAGAUACAUCUGUGGUGCUCAUUGUCACGGUGUUUUAAAUUUCGUUGGGUGCUGUCAGCUAGCAGGUGAUAUUAUAUUUAUUGUUGUUCGAUAUGAUCAUUCUAUUCUAUUCUAUUCUAUUGUAUUCUAUUGGUAGUUGUUCGUUGAGGCACCGGUUUCACAGGCUUGAAGGCAAUCUAUUUAUUCUUUUUGGGUACUGAAUUUGUGGGGUUCACCCCCGGCAUGUUUUCUUUUGGUUUGUGGUGUUCAUGCAUGAGUUGUCUGGCGACAUCCAUCCGUCCGCUGCUGAUCCGACGAUCAGGAGGGCAACAACUGACGGAAGGGCCGUUCCUGUAUGUGACGCCAUCUGCAGCGGGCGUUUCGGGUCAUCAUAGUGGGCCGUCUCUCCUCGCUUCUCUCUCAUUUCCGUUUUUGCAAGCUGCCGAGCUUCGCACAAGUCGCCUCUUCCUCUGCUUCUUUGAAUCGCAUUCGAUAACGGGCGAGGUAGAUCGAGGAGUCUAGUGGGAUCGGUCACUUGCGAGGAGCCAUGAAUAACAGAAGUGAGGAGAUUGCGACCUCAGAUCAAUGCGAGAAGAGGAACAAGGCGUUCGGACGAGUCGGCGGCGGAAGGAGAUGCACCAGGCCAAAACCCAGCUUGGCUCCGCGAUAGGGCAGAGAAACAGUUUGCUGGAAAUAGAGUGUUGCAUCCGAUCCCAGAUACUGGAGUUUCUCCGACAGGAAAUGACCAGCACACCACUGGAAUAGAAGAAAUAGUACACGUAGGGUCCCCGGAGAAAGCAACUGUUGAAGCAGCAGAUUCUGCUAAAUUAUCUCCCACCAGAGCUAUUCAUUGAGCCUACUAUAUUUCUUGUGGGCAACCGAAUGAUCAACCAUUUAGCAGACGAAAUUAACUGGAUUUAGUUUUCUCCCUUGAUUAACAGUGAUACAACUCUUAAGCAGAAGAUGCUGCUUCAAUAACUCUAUUUUACUCUUGAAGAUAUCUUGGGGAUCCAUAGUGAGCUUUUCAUUUUAGAGGAGAGAACCAUAUCUUGUUAAAGGCUCAGGUUCUUGCUAUUAGAGGUCGUCCACACACACAAAAAAAAAGUUCAACCGUUGAAAAAUUGGUACUCUACUGUUCCUGCUUUUCAAGUAGUUGAAGAUGAGGAUGGAUGACGAGAAUGAUAUCUUCACCGUAGCUCAAAGUAUCACUGAGCUUUCUUCUCUGAAGAAACUUGAUACUUGCCUUGAAGGAUUGGUCCGAGUGGAUAUCUAAGUUGCCACAAAGUGAUGAAAGAGCCUAUUCUGUGUGGUAUGGCCACUUUAGCCUCGAGGAUCGUCCUAGUUAACUUGUACCUAAUUGUUAGAUGCUCUUAUCUGUUUUGAUAAGAAAGUCAAAUGUUUUGGAAUUUGGAGAAUCAGCAAAAGCUAUAAUCUCGUUACAAUAGGGAAACAGUCCACAAUCACCCAUGACAUAGCCUCGUGUUCCUGGGACCUUUGCUGGUCCAUCUAUCUAACCAUACUUGGCUGUGCUCACACUACCUUUUCUUGGACAAAAUGCAUUGCUGGAUUCUAAUUGAUGAGUGAGAGAGUGGGACAAUUGUAGGAUGGUUUGUACAAGGAUAUGCAAUUGCAAUUGGAUGCAUCUGAUAGAAUUGUUCCCAACUAUCAUCGUCAGACUGAUAUGUGUAACCAAUCAGAGGAAAAGAUGGUAAGGGCGAUGGAAUUGAGUUUGUUCGGAUUAACUAUGCUAGAGCUAGCCAGACGUUCUUGAAAUUUGUCAUCUGUAAUAUAAGCUCUGAUUGUGACAUUUUAUUCCUAUAUAAAAUGGUCAGACAUAUCCCGUCAAUGCUCUUGCAUCAUUUACUCAGCACAUGCUUAUGAUGCUGACUUUGUGUUGAUCCCUACUAUUGACAUUCCUUUGCUCUUUGGUACAUAUAUCAGGACAUAUUUGCUUAUGUUAAAUGUAUCAUGCCUGUGGUAUAUGCUGCACAUCCUAAAAGUUGUUAGCGGAUGUUGCACAAGCAUUAUGUCGUGAAUUAUUUUUUUCGAUACAUAAAAAUCAUCAAAAUCAUAAUACCUCUGCUUUAUUUAGAUAUGACCAGAACGCAUAUGCUGAGUCAUGAAAAUUAUAAUUUUUAGUCAAAAAAAAGGGAUUCAUGAGAAAUAAUCCAGGGCAAAAGAAUGUUAAUAAUUCAAAAACAUUGGGUAAAAAAGGAUCUAGAUUCGAGUGAUGAAAUGUUUUGUUGCUGUAGGUCAUGUUAAGUCAAGACACAUCAUUCCUUUGAUGGAAGUUGAAAACAAUAUAAAUCAUAUUCCGGCUAUCAGCUUAAGCAUAUAGAUGGAUCAAGAAAGUUCUUUUUAGGAGGUUGUUGUUGAGUUCAGAUCUCCAUGUAAUUUCAUUGAAGCUAUCACCAUAAUGAUUUUCAAGAGCGGAAAUAGGUAUUUCUGUUGGAGUUAUCACCAUAUUGAUUUUCAUGAGUGCAAACAGGGACCAAAAUAUUAUAUUUAUAAAAGUAAUGCAAAGAGUACGGUGAUGAAGAAUAAUUGUUUAUACUAUGCAGAGAUUGAUUGUAGGGCACAUAAAUAUAGAACUUCAUGCUUGGAAAAUAGCUGAGAUAAGUGAGAGAUGCUCAUAGGUGCAUAUAUGACUAUUAACUUUAAAUUUAAAAAUAAAAAGGAUGGCCUUAGUUUUCAUCAGUUUUGAAUAAAAUUAAAACGUGUACCUUUUGUGUGAUGGACUGCUCCUGAGCUGGAGAAGAUAAAAAAAUGGAAAUUUGGGUGUUGGGAAGUCAUGCAUCAAGGAGACGUACUCUAAUUUAUCUGUGGGUAUGGCCUGACACCCAAAUCUUGAACCAAAACUGAGCCACUUCUAGGGAUACUUGUCCCACUUGAAUGCGACAUUUACUCAGGGAUGUCCUAUCUGCUGCUUUCCUAUGAACGAUAACUAUCCAGUGGAAGCAGCAAUGACAAACUUCUUAUCCCGUUGGUGCCCACAUGUUACCAUUAUUCUCUGUUAUCCCAUGUAGAAAAACACAAGCCAACAAGAGAGAGAGAGAGAGAGAGAGAGAGAGAGGGAGGCUGUUUUGUUACCCAAAAUCAUUCAAAGCAUCAUGUUUCGUUAUUAAAUGUGCUCCUCCCACUCUUUUCUUGUUCUUCCUUUCAUUGUUUAUGGUGUUGAAGGACCAUUAGUCUGGAGAUGUAGCAGCACCAUAAAAAUUUCAUCUCAAUUAUGCUUGAAUGAGGAUCAGAUUUGUCUAGGUCCCACUUCAUUCAAUGUGCAAAGCUGUAGGAGUAUAUGAAUGAAACGGUGCAAAGCAUCAUCAGUGCAACCACGAGAACAUAUUGGAUUCUUUCCAGUCUAUUCAUUCGCCUCCAUUUCCUUUAGUUAAUAUGAUUUAAAUUGAUGCUGACUCCUAUACCAUUUCAGGCAGGUUUGUUCUGGUUCACAACACAUUAUUUACAUUUCACUAUCGAUCAACUCCUCAUUUAUCUCCCGCGGCAAUAUGUGUACAAUAAUGGUCUGCCAUAGGAUGUAAUAUGAUUUUGUUGUCUGUCAUACCAUUAAUUAUGUCUGUCAUAGGAUGUAAUAUGAUUUUGUUGUCUGUCAUACCAUUAAUAUGAUUUUGAUGUUCUAUUAUUAUCCAUUAAUUUUGUUGUCUGUCAUACCUUAUCAUACAAUCACUAGAUUGAUAUCAUUUUGUUGAAUACGAGUUAGUGGUUCGUAGUUGUCGGCGUCUUGUCUCUUACUGUUACGUAUUUUAUUGAUCAUUUAUGUUCUUUCUAUUCAAAUAUGCAGUUGGCUGUGGAUAGCCAAUAGCUUACAACUCAAAACAGGUCCAAGUUUUUUAUGUCCAGCUACCACCCACCCGUAGUAUAGAUAGAUAGAUAGAUAGAUAGAUAGAUAGAUAGAUAGAUAGCAUCAGAAAUUUAGAUUUUACAACCGGAAAAAUCAGAUUUAGUUUCCUCAUCGACACUAGUAAAAGUCUGUUCAUACCUUGUAAAUGGUAGGAGUUCUAUACGAGCCACAACUUUCCAAGUCGUUGUAUGACUUUGAUAAACAAAAUACGACGUGAUAAUAGGUUACUUUACGUCAACAAGAGGCUAAAGAAAACAUCUGGCGUGAAAUAUUAGUUUCUUGUUUGACCAACCUUUCCUUAGUUAUGAGAUGGAUUACGUAAUGUACAUCUAUCAGAGCACCGGCUUUCCAACCUGCAGAUUUGGUAGGAGAGACAUGGAGUCACAAUACGAGCGAGUUGGUGGAAGCCACUAUUAGAUUAUAAUAUCGGUGAGGAAGCCAUAUGGCAGUGAAACUCUAUAAAUAGUGAUGUAAUCAUUUCUUUUCGAUAGAUAAUAAGAUAUUAUUAAAUAUUUUGACAAACCCUAGGAGGCCGAUCCCUUCGAAGUGAUAAUCUCUUUUCUCCCCUUUCUUCCAUGAUAAAAUCCUAGGGUCUUAUCAGUUGACUUCCUUCAUGCGGCUUGGGUAUUUUACCAAGUUACACCUAAAUUACUUCACUCUUCAAUUUGUAUUGAGUUGAAUGUGGCCCUCACACCCACCAUUACACGCGUCAGCCUUUCAUUGAGUUCGAUCUUCAUAUCGACUCCAAGUGUGCCUUCAUUUGUGUUGCCUUGGGUCACUCCCUUACUUGAUUUCGUAAUACAUCCUCCAAUACAUUAUUUCAAGCGAGAUCAUGCGACGACUUCUCGUGGCUAGCUCGGUCCGUUGAGCUUUGUGGAGUUGUUGUCUUGAGGUACUCCUCCUCAACAUGUACGGUAUGUUGCACAUGAUUCUCUCUCUGGAGAAUCGGGACUAAUCCCUCCAAGGUAUGUAUCCCAUUGGAGUAACUUUCUUCUUCGCAUCCUUUCCUCUAGAAGUUUCGAAGACCACCAUCCCCCUUAGACUAUUUCUCUUUGCUAAACAAAUUGUGUAUUAUUCUGCCUCACUUGCUAAAUCUGGUAUUCAAAGUGUCAAGAUUCUGAAGUUUUUUUUGCAAGUGCUCUUAACAUAUUGGCAAAAAGCCAAGUGCUUUCGCAUUAGCAUCAUGGUGAGUGCAGUCUCCUUUUUUAUCACCGUUUUCGGGUGGCAGUGUGGUUCAUCGGUGGCAGUGGCAGCUCGAUCCAGGGGUUGAGAUCAUAAAUAUCAGAGAAGGUAGGGUUCAAAUUUAGUUGGAAUUAUGGGUUUCUCCAAUAGAAAGGUGGGGAUGCAUAGGGGCCGCGUGACGAGAUCUGUGAGCCGGACGAUUUAGAUGGCCAGCCCGGUUUCGAUACAGGGGCAUAUGAGUCAUUCGGAGGUGAGGAGAGGAUGUUUCUGCAAAUUCUCGCUUUUCAUUCCCCGGUCACAUCUCUCUUCUGUGGAUGCUGAGGACGGAGGUGGACAGGUAGAGUUCCAUCUCAUCUCAUCAGGCAAGAAGGACCCCUAAGACUUGUGAUCUCUGCAAACUUCUACGGGAAGCACGCUCCUUUCCAUCAGCCGAGAGGAACCCUAAAUCUGCGAUCUUUGGAAACUAGGUAGGGGACGGGAGAUUUCCGGGGAUCAAUUUUCCGUCUGCGCUAGCAACGUCCUUUGAUCGCACUCGCUGCCGCGAUUCGUGCUAUGAAAACCCUAUAUUGACUGGGGUUUGGAUUCUUAUCGUCUUCUGCUUAAAAAGAUUGGAUCUUUCUGUGGAUUGUUUGUUCGGCGAUCUUUUACCUGCAGAAAUUUCUCUACUGCAUUUACUAAUGGGGAGAAGUGAAGAAUUUAUUCAGAUCAAUGAAGCACAUCCACUCUGAUAUUUACCUAGUAGUUAUAAACCCGAGUGUUCAGAUUGAUGGCUUCCAAGACAGUUUCCAUACCUUUCAUGGAACAGCAACACAAAAUACCUGAUGUUCAAGUUCUAGAAAAAGCUGCUUUGCAGCCUCCUUCUUUACGGGUACCUAACACAAACAAAUUGGAAUCUGAUACACCAAGAAAGUUGCCAAAGUCUGUGCUUCAGAGCACAUCAGAGCAUAAAACCGAAGAAGUGUUGGUGGACCAAAUUUUGAAUCACCAACCAAAGGAGUCUUAUAACAUUUCAACUACUAAAGUUACCAUAAAGGUUGCCAAAUCUCUAGAUCAUGGUGUCUUGGUUGCAUCCUCCAAUAAUCCGAAGCAAUCCGGCCGACAGGCUGAUUCUGUGGAUGGCACAGUGACUUUGGAUGCCAGCAGAUCUCAAGAAAAGAAAAACUUAGAGCAGUGCAGUGAGAAAAAUAGCUCAUCUUCUGCCAAAAUCAGUGAUGGCACUUGCAGUUUGACAAAAACUAGUGGGAGUGCCAAAAUAAGUGAUCGGAUUGAUAGCGGCAAGAGUAGUAUGUGCAGAGCUAGUACAAGCAGUGAUGUUAGUGAUGAUAGCACUUGUAGCAGCAUAAGCAGCAGCAUUAGCAAGCCUCACAAAGCAAAUGAUUCAAGAUGGGAAGCAAUUCAAGCUAUGAGGGCUAGAGAUGGGGUUCUCGGUUUGAGCCAUUUCCGGCUAUUAAAAAAGCUGGGUUGCGGAGAUAUAGGCAGUGUGUAUUUGUCAGAGUUGUGUGGGACUAAGUGUUAUUUUGCAAUGAAGGUCAUGGAUAAAGGAUCUCUAGCUAGUCGUAAGAAGCUGCUCAGAGCCCAGACAGAAAGGGAGAUAUUGCAAUGCCUAGAUCACCCAUUUCUUCCAACAUUGUAUACUCACUUUGAGACAGACAAAUUUUCCUGCUUGGUGAUGGAGUUUUGUCCUGGAGGAGAUUUGCACAUACUCAGACAGAGACAGCCUGGAAAAUAUUUCUCAGAACAAGCUACCAAAUUUUAUGUAGCAGAGGUUCUCCUUGCUCUGGAAUACCUGCACAUGCUGGGUAUCGUCUACCGUGACCUCAAGCCUGAGAAUGUGCUUGUUCGAGAAGAUGGCCACAUCAUGCUCUCUGACUUUGACCUCUCACUCCGUUGUGCUGUUAGCCCCACCCUCAUCAAAUCCUCCCACCUCAACUCGGACUCCAAACGUAGUAAUCCUCUCUACUGUGUUCAACCUGCUUGUAUCGAACCAUCCUGUGUCCAGCCUUCUUGUGUGGCCCUCUCCCCUCGAUUAUUCUCCUUGAAGUCGAAGAAGGAGCAGAAACAGAAGGUUGAGACUGGAAAACAGGUCAGUGCACUUCCAGAGCUCAUCGCGGAGCCUACCGAUGCGCGGUCAAUGUCAUUCGUUGGUACCCAUGAGUACCUGGCUCCUGAGAUCAUCAAGGGGGAAGGGCAUGGUAGUGCCGUCGAUUGGUGGACGUUUGGCAUCUUCCUCUAUGAACUUUUGUUUGGAAAGACACCCUUUAAGGGGUCAGGCAACCGGGCUACACUGUUUAACGUAGUUGGGCAACCACUGAGAUUUCCCGAGUUUCCAGUUGUGAGCUUUGGUGCUCGAGAUCUUAUCAGGGGAUUGCUUGUUAAAGAGCCACAACACCGGCUCGCUUACAAGCGUGGGGCUACGGAGAUAAAGCAACACCCAUUCUUCGAGGGUGUUAACUGGGCCUUGAUAAGAUGUGCAAGUCCACCCGAGAUCCCAAAGCCAUACGAGAUUUUUCAGCCCCCGGGGGUUGUAUCAUCGGCAAUCCAGAAGGACACCACCGCCUCUGAGAAAAGUUCUGAUAACUACCUGGAAUUUGAUUUUUUCUAGCGAGUUUUCAGAGACAGUGGAGUUUAUCGUAUUUGUGUAUCGGGCCAUGAGUAAGAGUUCCUGAAUGCCACAAGGAUCUUAGCGAUUUGCUAUACAUCUUCUGGUUCUCAAUGUGGAUGUUGUUGUCCCAAGCCAACUGUAUUGUUUUUAAAUCUGUAACCAAAUGAAUGUUGAGGAGGUGUC